GAGUUGAGCUCCGGGCUCCGUUCUGUGAUCUUCGGAAACUCGAGAGUGUCACAAUAAUCGUGUUGUUCAAAUAUUUGGAUUUCUCACUGAAAACAAGCAAAGAACUUGGAGCAUGUCUUGACAAGCACGAGAGAGGGCUUUAAAACUGGAGUCAGAGAAGUGCAAGGGUUCAUCACUAUGGCGAUUGGUCAACAACUUCCGGAACAGUACACAGUACCACCACUGGCUAAGAUAUUUCACAGUUUACCACAUCUCAACGUAUCUCUCCACUCUGUCAACAACACAUUCAAUCCACGCUCGGAGAUUUAUCUCGAGAGCCUUGGAAUCCUAGGAAGUCUCCCCGCCGCCUGGCUGAUCCUAACCCUCCUGGUGCUGCUGGUGUAUCUAGUGACACGAUGCUGCGACCGAAAGCCUCGUCCACGAAGAUCCAUAACUCUGCUAAAAUGUUCCCUAGCUAUUCUCGCUAUUCUCUGCUCCGGUGCAGUGGCAGUCGGCCUCUACGGCAAUGACGAUGUGCACAAUGGAGUGGUGCACCUCCUCGACGCUGCCAAGCAGGUUGACGCCAGUGUGAUAUCGGUGAAAAAUCAGACCGACACAAUUGAGACUAUUCUCAAGAAGAAAAUCGAUCCAGGAUUAACAUCACUGAGGGAUGAUUUUGAUGCACCAGUCAGCAACAAAACAGCUGUCAGUUAUUUACUCAAGGUCUGGGGAUACAUGGCGCAGAAUACGACUAUUGCUAUUAAUCGAACUUAUGAGAUAAGAAAACCACUGAGUGGUAUAAGUAUAACGAGGGAGAUCAAUCUGGGUGAGAAGAUUGAAUUAUUCAGGUGGCCUAUUACAAUGGCUGUACUCAGCACACUUCUCGUACUCUGCGUGGUUCUGCUGGUCGGAGUCGCGCGACACUCAAGAUGCGCACUCAUAACAUUCUCGGUUUUUGGCCUGUUUGCGGUUAUUGUCUCGUGGUUAAUGGCAUCACUCUAUCUUGCGACCUCAGUUGCACUCGGUGAUUUAUGCAUUUCGCCAGACGGUUAUUUAACUAGAACAGUGCCGUCUACACUUGCUGCUGAGGUACUCAAUUAUUACACACACUGCGAGAGCACGCGAAAUAAUCCAUUCACCCAGAGACUCAGGGAGGGACAGCUUGCUGCUGGCAAUAUGAGGGCUAGUCUCAAUAUUGUGCAGAGCAUUGCUCUGGAUUUGUUCAAGGAUCAGAAGGCUAAUCUUGCACCUAAACUCAAUAGUCUCAAGAGUGAGGUCAAUGUUGUGGAUAAACUCAUGUCGGGAUUGACUACGCUGCUUGAUUGCAAACCACUUCAUAAGCAUUAUGUUCAUGCUGCUAAGAGCCUUUGUCAUUUGGGAUUGUAUGGGCUCACUUUUAUGCUGUUGGCUAGUCUUGCUGCUGGAUUGUUCUUCACGGUUCUUGUCUGGAUGGACUCGCAUACAUGGAUUUACAUCAGAAAACGAAGGGAUUAUCAUCAGGUCGACGAGCAGGAUCCAUUUCUACCACCAUCGGCAGCAUCCCAGGCGAUUGCAGCAAGAACACUUCGUGGCCAAGGGUCGUACCCGCCUACAGCCCCUCCUCUUAAUCAGAAUGCUCAUGGCACGAAUAAUACAAUUAAGCAGCCUCUUCUGCUAACGCCGCCCCCGCCAUCCUACGCUACUGCGACAGCUCGAGCACGCCAGCUGCACGAGAGCAUGUUAAAAGGUGGGGGUGUUAACGGGAGUAGUGGACUCGGAGAUCACAAGUCGUCUCAGCAUAAUCAGCAAUCGGCGAGUGGACGAAAUGAACACCGUUCUGGACACGGAGAUCAACCUGGUCAGUACGCAACUCUGAGCAAGCAGUGUAAAACACUUGAGUCAAGAAGGGAGCCACCCUGGACCCCCAGCGUUGCAUCCUUCACAGGCACCAUGUCUCACAAUUCUCACGAGCCCGCUCACCUCGCGACAUUUCAAGACUCCCGCAAAACUCAAACCCUUGAUCCAAAGAAUCUUGCUAAUUUAAAAAGAGGACCAACACCAGCGUGGAAUCAGAAUCGUCCAUUGCCCCCAAACCCGACGAAUCAACACAGCCAGCCAACCUGGGAGUUCGAAUCGCGAUCUCAAUCGAACAUGAAUCAAUUUCGCUCCCUCGUUCGCAACAAAGCGCCAAACAUAAGAAUUCAGGAUCAGAUGCAGGACCAAGUGAGAACUCUGGACCGUAACUUCUCGUGCAAUCAGUUCAACGGAACAGCUCAGAACAACGUUGUACCGAAUAUGUAUGGGACGUACAAUCGUGCAAGAUCGAGACAGGAGAAAGCAUCUGCAAUACCUACGCUCAGCCAGGUGCAGGGCAGUGAUCCCAAUCUCUACGCUGUUACGGAAUUGUAAGAGAAGUGGAACUCAAUCCAGUCAUCAGGUAACUGAUAACUCAUAGAUUACGAUGAAAGAGUUAAACCAAAGCGAGUAAUGUGGAGGAUAAUCAAGACCUAAUAACGAGACUAAGACGAAGAUAAAUGAGGGGGCUAAAACCCAUUGCACAUGGAAAAUAAAUUUAGAAAACCAAACAAAAACAAGUGAAUUUCCAAUUCGAUUAUUAAAUUUUCGCACAGAAUCUCACGUGCAGGGUCAACUGGAGCUCAGUAAAAUCUUUUCUUUUUUAUAUAUUCAAUGGUUUUUUUUCACAUCGAAAUGUACAAAAAACGAAAAAAACAUUUAAUGUGUAUAAAACAAGUUUUUUUACUCGAAAAAAGGGAAAAGAAAGGAAAUUUAUCCUGGGGAGGAUGAAUCAAAUUUGUAGUCUAUGUACAAAACGAUAUUGGUGUCAUCGUACACCCCAAGUUUUUUCAUUACGAUUUAAAUGUGAGAGGGAUACCAAAAGACACUUUUUUAUAUAAUAUAUACAUAUAUUUUACAUUUUACGCGCAACGCGCAAUUUGUAGUGAAAAACGGUUUUUUCUUAUGAUUAUUUUUCUCAUGUCUUCGAAAAUAUGGAACAAGGAAAUAAUGCACACAAAUUAAUUCAUCGCCUAAGUAAUGUAUACCUAUUAUUACGAAUUUAAUCGGUAUAACGGUGUUACCGAUUUCAUGUAUUUAUUGAAUGUCAACGAUCUGAGACCGGAUAUGCCCUUAUUCACACGGCAGCGCGGAGAGUUUCCAUGGAUUAUUGAAUAAUUCACGUAUGAAAAAAUUUAAUAGAUAAAACUAGCACUUUCUCAGAGAAAUUCUAUUGGAGUUCUAUGGGAAUUCUAUUUUUUUCGCAUAUUCUAUUACAAAUUAUACAACUUUGUCGUGCAUUUUUGAAUGGAUGUUUUUUUUAGAAAAAUGUUUAUUAAUGUUGAUUUCUUGGGCAUAAAUUUCUUGGAUUUCAUUACGAAGAAUGAACAUCCAUGGACUUUUUGCCAUCGAAUAUUCUUUAAAAAAUGACGCGAUAUGUUGCAUAAAUUCCAAUCUAAUUGGCGAAACAACUAACAGAAUUAUUUAAUAGAAUUCCAAUAUAAUUCUUGAAUGAAGUCCCAAUUUUUUCACACGUGAUUGAAUAACAAGAAAAAAAAACGAUAAUUAAAGCCUAUCAUCGAUUUAUAAAAAAAAACUGCCACAGCUCAGGUGAUCGCAUUUAUGUAAGUACAAAUUGAUACCACAAUGACCCAUGAUUUUUCGGUUUGUUCACUUACGAAAAAUUUCGUGGCAAUUAAAUGUGAAAAUACCAAGAGCACAAGAGGAAAGAUGAAUAUGAAUAUAACGUUAAAGAAUACAAGCCUUUUUAAUAUAUACAUAUAUAUGAAUAUAAAUGGUUUGACGCGAGAUCCAAAGAUAGAGAGAAUAUGUUGAGGUAAUUUGAGAAAAAAAAGUUCGAGAUGUCAACUGACGAUGUUUUUUUCCCCCCACAAAGGAACAAAUAAUUCAGUGGCGUUACCCCUUUGUAAAUACGUAGAGACAAAAGUGUUAGAUUAUCUUAGAAGUGUAAUGUGUGAUAAUUUUAAUCAUUCAGUGUUCUUUCACGUAAAAAAAAAUAUGAGAGAGUCGUUAAUGGGUCUGAGAGGCUUGUUAAUACUCUCAGGCAGGAUGUAAUUAACUAAUUAGUGACGAGUCCUCGGAAUCACGGUUUAGUCUCGUGAUGAAGGACUGACAGUGCCAUUCCACGAGCAUUUAUUUAAUUCCCUUCAUUUCCAUGAUUGAUCAUUCAUUAUCAUUAAUCCCUGUAUCAUUAAUUUACCCCAUCGAAGUAUUCUGUCGAUUUGUAAUUUAUGGAGUGUAAACUAAAGAUUUUUAAUUAUGGAACGGAGUUUAAAUAAUUGCCAAUCCGUAAUCCGUAAUUGAUAAAGUGGCUCAAUGAAAAACAGUUUUUUGUUCGCAAAAUUUCUUUGCCGUUACAUUUACACUACGCCAUUCGUAACUUUUACUCCUAUUAAUUAAUUGAUUAACGAUGAAGGAAAAAAGAGAAUAAGAAAAAUCUGUAUUUAGUGUCAAGUUAAAGUGCGUGCGACUCUUUGUGUAAUUGUUAAGAGAAGCCGGUAAAUAAUUAAAAGAAUAAAAGCAAUUUACGUUUGACAGAUUAACUUCUAAACUAAUAAUAAGAAAUAGUGCAUUAAUUGCAGAUAAAAGAGAGAAAAAAACCAUUAAUAAUACGAGAAAAAUAUCAUCCUGAAGACUGCCGUAAUGAAAUACGCAAAACGGGAACAAUAACAGUAUUCUGUCGAGGUUGAAUAUUUGGCUCGUUUUUUUCCCCUUUUUUUAUAUUUAUUUAAUUGAGAAUUUCAUACUGUUUAAAAUGCUCCUAUUGUCAUACAAAUAGUGUAACGCAAGAAUUUAAUGAGAAAUAAAAACGAAAAAGUGAGUGAAGAAAUAAAGAGAGAUGAAUAAAUCGAAA